GUGCUGCGCCGUCUCCGUCUUCGGGCCCGCCGGCAACUCGGCCUGCUGGGCGGGGGCCCUCCUCGGCGGCGCGCCCCUCGGCUUCCGGCGCUGCUGCCGGGACCCGCCCGCGGGCCCAGAGGAGCUGCACCGGCGCGCGGCGGCGGCGCUGGCGGACGCUGGCAGCGAUUUUGGCGCCGCCACCGACGUCCGGGAGUUUGCACAGCUCGUGCACCGCGUGGACAACGAGCGGCACGCGCUCGGGGGCGCGAGGGAGCUCAGGAUCGACGAGGUGACGCUCGUUUCCGGCCUGAACGAGCAGGCCCGGCGGUGGCGCGAGGUGCACCUGAGCGAGCUCGCCGCGCGCCUCCCGCAGGUGCUGCGAGGCCUCGAGCGCGCCGCGGGCACCGCUGCCGCGCGGGCGGCGCGGGGCGGCGCGCCGCGCGUGGCGGUCCUCACGGCCUGCACGCCCGACUCGGCCGCCAGUGACGUGUGCCAGGGCACGGAGGGGCUAGCGGCGCUGCAUGCGGACUUCGGCCCCGGCGCGGUGAACUUCUUGGAGGAGGAGCCGCUGCUGUUCAAGGCCGGCUCAGACGGCAUCACGUUCAAGUGGUGGCAGCGUUGGUACGCCGCUCGCCGCCACUUGCACGCCUACGACCUCCUGCUUGUCGUGGAUCCCGACACGUCGGUUUUCCCGAGCUGCUUCGACGUGGGGCUGCCUGAGGCGCUGGGCCUCCGCGGCAGCCCCGACAGCUGGCCCGGCGUGAUCGUCCGCGACCCGCGGGAGGGCGAGGAUUGCAACGGGGGCGUCGUGGGUCUCACGCGGUCGCCCUGGGGGCUGCUCUACCUCGAGCUUUUGCUGGCCAAGAUCCGCUGGCCCGUGGACGUGGCCGGGGGCAGCGGCUGGUGCCAGGCGCGGCAGUCUGCCGAGUACGAGACUCUGCUGGAGGUCAUCGCGCUGUCUCGGGCCGCGGCCGCGGGUGUGGCAGGCGGGGUGGUGCUCGACUACACGUCGGAGUGCAUGUGGUUCGCGUUGCCGCAGGUGGUGUUGUCGGCCAUGGGCCGCGCGAGCAUGGGGUGCAACUGGCAGUCCUACCUGGGGUGCUGGCGGAAGAACGUGGACAGGCUGCUCGGUCCCCCAGGAGCUCGGGGCCAUGACCCCAACGUGCGGCUGCUAGACCCAGAGGUGGUCGACAUCAACUACAGGCCCUGGUCCAACGAGCCCCGCUACCGCGCUUCGUUCAUGAACGCCACCCGGCCGCCUCCGAUCGCGAACGCGGCCUUCCUGUGGCACUACGUGGGCAUCCCGCGCAAGGCAGACAGCAUGCUGCGAGACUUUGGUCUCCAGUCCCUGGAGGACACGUUCGACUGCGACCGCCUCUGCGAGCGCUUCGGCGCCCGCGGGUCGCAGCCGCCCUGCAAGCUGGGGGGCAGCCCGAGGGCGUGCCCGUUCCAGGACAGCCUCCUGAUGCCGCGGCAGUUCGGGUGCUAG